UUUUUCUAAAAUUAUUUGCUCUCUCUCUCUGCCUCCGUCUCUCCCCCUCCCAUCAUACUGGGCGUUGUCCAGCGGACCACAAAUUCUUAACUAAACUUCCAGGGCGCUCCUCACUCUUCACUGAAUCUCCAACUUGUCUGCCUUGUUUUGUCCAGCAUCCACUUCUGCAGCCAUGACUGAUUUGGAGAAUUGCAUGGAGUCCCUGAUUAAGAUAUUUCAUCGCUAUGCCGAUGAAGACGGUGAUGCAACAACCUUAACCAAGAAAGAACUAAAAAAAUUAAUGGAGACUGAAUUACCCACUUUCCUGAAAACCCAGAAGAACCCCAAAGUUGUGGAAUCCAUAUUGAAAGAUUUGGACCAGAACAAAGAUGAUAAGUUGGACUUUGAAGAGUUUCUUCCCCUCGUCGUUGGCCUCUCGAUGGCCUGUGAGAAGUGUUACAUGCUCCAUAAUAAGAAGACGUGCAAGAAGUGAUGUGGGAAAUAUGAGGGACAGUAAUUGAUCCAUUUUUUAGUAGUGAAAGAAGUUUGUAGCACAAAUGUGUGUCAGAUUUACAAGUAAAAACUACCUUUAACAAGA